AUGGCCGGAACACACAAGUGGAAAGAGGCGAUGGAAAUGAGAAUGAGCUUACUUGGCGUCCAGCUGGAAGAGACGAGGACAGAGUUGGCAGCAACCAAAGGGGAGUUGGAGGAGGCUGAGCGGCGAAGGGUAGCAGAGAUGAGGGAGGUGAAGGCACACCAGGAUGCUGUGAUGCAGUUGAGGGUUGAGGAGGCAAUUGGGAAGAGUGAAGGCGAUGAGAAGAAGGCAUGGCAGGUGAGUGCUGGGUGCAUGCAUGGCAGGCGACUAGAAGAAAGCAUCACAGUUACACUACUUUCUAUUCUUGAAAGGGAUAAAAUUGAAGCGAGAUGCUUUCUGUCCAUCCUUCUUACCCACGCCCCCCAGAGGAUCAAGUUAGCAUCACAAGAUGCCAGUCUGUCGCUGUCCUUUUUCAAGGGCCUCUCAGAAGCCAUGCUCGCCCAUGUGUCCACCAUGACCCAUGUGAAGUACAUCCACCUGCAAUCUGCCUCUGGCUUUACAACAGAGGGCAUCAAGCACCUCUACAGGCUCCCUCAGCUGGAGAUGCUCGACCUUAACAGCACAGACGUCGCAGACAGUGCUCUGGAAGGCAUAGGGUGCAUGGCCAGUCUUCACGACCUCGAUCUCAAGCAGACGAGCGUGACCGAUGCUGGGCUGCUGCACUUGGUAGAUGCUUCCUCGCUUAAAGUGUUGGUGCUUUCUGGAUGCAAGGGUGUGACAUCUGAUGGCAUGGUGUGUGUGGGGAGGCUGACAGCUCUUGAGCAGCUUUGGCUGGAUGGGACGGCAGUCGCAGAUGCUGGGUUGCCGCACUUGGCAACUCUCUCCUCUCUCAAAUCGCUUCACAUGUCUGGAUGCAAGGGUGUGACAGACGCUGGGAUGGUGGAUGUGGGGAAACUGACAGGUCUGGAAGAGCUCUGGCUGGAUGGGACGGCAGUCACAGAUGCUGCCUUGGCACACUUGACAGCUCUCUCCUCCCUCAAAUCGCUGCGCCUCUCAGAAUGCAAGGGUGUGACAGACGCUGGCAUGGUGGACGUGGGGAGGCUCACAGCGCUGGAAGAGCUUCUGCUGGGUGGGACGGCAGUUACUGAUGCUGGGCUGCCACACCUGACAGCUCUCUCCUCCCUUGAGUCCCUGGGGCUUUCUGGAUGCAAGGGUGUUACCAAAGCAGGCAUGGCGGAUGUGGGGAGGCUGACACGGCUUAAGAACCUUCGGCUGGACGGCACGGCAGUCACGGAUGAUGGGCUGCAGCAGCUGACUGCCCUGACUGAACUGAUAAGCCUUGGGCUGCCAGAAGGGGGCCUUGCUUUCAGUGUGGAUUUACGCAAGCGGAUUGGCAUGUAG